CCGCGCAAAGAGCACGUUAUCGAGAAAAGAAGUAUCGUUUGCGACCGAUAGAAGCAUAUUUGAUUACAGAAGGCAGGCCCGUACAAGAGCACGCUACUGCCGUCGCUUUUCCGUCGCUCCGGAUGAGAAGCAGCAGAUGGAGCAAGAGGAAGCAGUUCUAGACGAAUCGGCCGACAGGAACGUCGGCUCCUGAAGAGACACCCCACUGCCUUCCCGAAACGUUUCCGAUCUGAAGCGCAUUCAUCGAUCGUCGUAUAUAAACAGUAGUUUUGGACCAUUUGCUAGCAGUAGUGGUAGUUCUGUCACAGCUCAACCUUCAUCUAACAGGCCUCUCUAUCUGAAGUUUACAUUUGCGCCUAACAUCCUGGGGAAGACAUACUGGCUUUGAAAAGACAGAUGUGAAUACAAAAAUACAGGAAGCGGUGUCUUUCAGAUAAGAUAAAGCUGCCUGUUACUGCCUUUACAAGAAUAUUCACUGUGCACAAACAUUUGCCAUCUGCUUGUUUGCCAGUUAUCAGUUAUUCAGAAAAUACGGAGCAGUACAGAGAAAGUUCUGAUGCACUGGUCAAAGAGGAUCUGAAAAUUCACUAGGCUUCAUCUGAGAUUUAGUGACCAUCAAAAGCACAUCACACUCUCCUGGAGGAGUGUCUGUUGUUAAUAUAGCACCAGAGCGUAGUGCUCGCAGGUGGCUGAUACCGUGUUACACGUUCCUCCCAUCCCACGGCAUAUUAGGAAGUAGGGAAAGAGUCUGGUGAAUUUCUUCUCGAGAAGUCUUCCGCUCAUCCUCUGCCCAGUUGCACUACUGCACGAGUGGUGAGCAGUAAGGAGAAGAUUGAUUGUGCCAAAAGUGCCCAGCUGUAUAGAGAGAUUGGCCUGACUAGAUUCGAGCACGAUACAGUAGUUUCGGCAACAGGUGAAUCUGCGGCAGACGAGUAACUUGGCCUGUUGGGAUCCUGCCAGUUCAUCAGUGGUCUGGUUGUUGGUUAGCCCAGUAAUCUGGUGACCAGCUGGAAGCUCCAGGUUGACUGAGUCUCCAGUGAUCUGGUGACCUCUUGGAACCUCCAAGUGAAUGCUUGGCCAGUAAUCUGCUGGAAGCCCUAGGCUGUUGGUUAGCGCAGUACUUUGGUGGCCUGCUGGCAGUUAGUCGUCUCCCCAGUGGUCUUGUCGGCCUGAGACUCCCGCCUCCAGCCCGGUCCUCCAGUGGAUGAGCGUCCAGUCUGGCUGACCCCCCCGAGGCUCGCCAGGCGCAUCAGCAGAGCGUGCGACGCAAGACGCGGCGGACUUCGCUGCUGGGAUCUCUGGGCUUCGCCCGCCACCAGGGGCCCUCUGCUUCUUCCUCGGCAGCCGUCUCGUCCUUCCAGCAAGUGAGCGGCAUGUACCGCACGGUGCGACACGGAGAGAACUCGCUGCAGUACACCAUCCUGCCACAGCAGGAUGACCUGGGCAAUUCCGGCGCGGCCUCCGGUGCUGGACCAGCCGGUCGAAGGACGCGGAAGGCGGGCGGCGGGCGGCUGAAGCUGGCGCUGGUGCUGGGCGUGGCGCUGGUGCUGGCGGCCGGCGCAGUCACCACGGCGGUGCUCGUGCCGCUCAUGAUCCCCCGGCCGCACGGCGCCGCCCACCGGCCGCUCACCAGGCACCACCACCCGCCACAGAACCUGCUGCCGGCGCGCCGACCGUUGCACCAGUCGCUGGAGGACCCGGCGCCGCCCCCGGUGGCCGCCGCCCACCGGGACGCCGCCCCCGCCUCCUCCACGGAGGACCCCUCCCUGUCCGCCGCCUCCUCGGUGUCGCCCGCUGAAGACUUGGCGGCCAGCAGCGCCCUCUACAGCGAGCCCGCGGCCACGGAGGCGCUGACGUCGACGCCCGCCACGCCGGCCGCCACCAGCACCCAGGCCACCACUACCACCACCGCCAGCACCACCACCACGACCACCACAACCACCACCACCCCUGCGCCGACCACCGCCGCCGCCUCAACGGCUGCAGCGAGCGCCUCCAAGGGCAACGCAGAUUCCACUGCAGGAGGCGGCGCUGUGACGGAGGCGGUUGUACACUUCGAUGCGGCAGACAACGGCACCGACGGGGGCGGCGUAGAUGCGGCGGACAUUGACGACGCGGAAGUCGACGGUCCCGGGGACGGUGGGCGUGGCCGCGGCUCCGGCAAGCCGAGCACCUGGCUGGAGUCCAGGUGGCCAUUCGGGGACGCCUCCGCCUACUUCGAGUGGACGGGUUUCAACGGGGAGGACAGCGUGCUGCUGCCACUGGCGCUGGCGGGGGUGGUGCUGGUGCUCGUCAUCAUCAUCGCCGCCUGCUACGCCAUCCGCAGACACCGCCACAAGGUCAACCGCCGCCAGGCCAUUGGGAAGAUGUCGAACGAGCUGCAGUCUGGCGAUAAGGCAACACUGCUUCCUGACGGUUCAGAAGACGAGUAAAGAGCUACCUGCUGUCCCCAGCGUAUUGGUCGGCAGGCUCCAAAUGUGGCCUGCUAUUGGUCGGUGGCCCACCAACUGCAAGGGAGGCGCAGCAGCUGCCACGUUGCCACGUCUCCGCUGGAACUCUAGCUUCUGUUUUGGUCAGACUCCCAGUUUGCAGAAACCUCGCCAGCCAGAAAGUGGCUCUCCAAAGCUGCGGAGAUCUGCCGAACGAGCAGGGUGCUUGCUGCUUCGUGGUUUUCGAGAUGUUUCAGAACAGUUAUGUUUGCUGAUUAUGACCAAACUGUUGCAUCAUAGUAUUAACAGAAAAAGAACUGCUUCUUUGCUCUGCUUUAUCAUUCGAAUAAGUCUUGAACCACGACUUAUGCUGUGUAAUCUCUCGUCAAGUUUCAGUGUUUACUGUAAAUAAUAAUCCUGUUAAGCUUACAACAAAAUAUGGGCAGUUGAAAUGUGAUGAAGUGAAUGGAAAAAAAUGACAUAUCAGAUCCCUCUGCAUUGGAGGGAAAUGUCAGUGAAUGGAACAGAUGUUUAUCAUUGUAUUCACAGAGUUUUGUUGAUGUUGCAUUCCAGUCUCCUUAAUUUAUAACAGUGUAAUAAGUUUGUAUUAUGUAUCUAGUCGUACUAUAAAGACUUUCCACACACA